UUCAAAAAGCUGUUAUCUCUCUCCCAACUCUUAUUCUUCUUCUUCUCUCGUCACAUCAAAUCCAAACUGUGUAGUAGUAUCUGUUCUUUCAAGUUCCUUUGCUGCUUUCUGCACUCUCUAUUUGUUUAAACUUUCAUCGAUUUCAGUUUCUCAAUUGUUUUGUGUUUUGAGGAACACAAGACACACCAUUCCCUAGUGAGAUUGGUGGCUUUUAGGGCUAGCUAUAGCUAGAACUUCUCUAACUCUGCAGCAUUUCAGGGUUCUUGUUUCCCGUUGCUACAUUUUACUCUAAACGUCUCUAAAUCUUUCCCUUUUCAUUGAUUUCUAGAAUAAAAACCCAAUUUUGAAUGUGCCCAUGAGUGCAAGUUCAAGUAGCAUCCCAAAGUAAGCUUAACAGAUGGAAUAAUAAAAAAAAAUGGAGGUUGUUGAGAGGAAACGAUCCAGAGGAGGGUUUUUAAAUCUAUUUGAUUGGCCUGGAAAAUCACGGAAGAAGAAGCUCUUCUCUUCCGGCAGCUUGGAACUCUCAGAAGAACCAAGCAAGACAAAACAGAAUGCUCACAACCUCUUUAAGCCUUCUCUCAAUGAGGUUGAUGAGAUUGGCAAGAAUUGGAAUUACAACUCAAGAAGUGACUCGAGCUGUUGUGCAUCUUCUGUUACCAGUGACGAUGGUCAGGGAACAAGAGCCCCUAGUGUUGUUGCAAGGCUCAUGGGUUUAGAGUCUUUACCGGUACCAAAUGUCAAAGAGCCUGUUCUUGAUCCAUUCUUCUUCAGACAUUCACUAAACACAAACAAAUGGAAUGCAUAUGAGAAUCUUGGCUAUGUAAAUCUCCGUAGUGACUAUGAUGAUCGCAACAGGCCGGUUGAGAGGUUUCAAUCCGAGACUUUUCCUCCCAGGUCAGCUAAACCGAUCUCUGUUGCCAAGAAUAGACUCUUGUCUCCUAUUAGGAGUCCUGGGUUGUUUGUCCCAUCCAGGAAUCCAGUUUAUGUAAUGGAAGCAGCUUCGAGAAUGAUUGAACCAAGUCCUAGGAUGGUUACUAGAACCCGGUUUUCUUCGCCAUCAGAUUCUCCUUCAACAUCAGUUCCUAUGAGGAUUCAAGAUUUAAGAGAGAAACUAAAAGCUGCAAAGAAAGUGUCAAGCCGCCAAGUCUCCUCUAAUAAUACCUUCAACGAGAAGAGAGCAUCAACAUCAGUAACUACCAAAAGUAGUCCUGAUGGUUUGAAGAGUAAAGCGAGGCCACCUCAUGUAUCUGCAGCACAAGCAAAGGCCAGCACAACGCCCUUACGUGUCAUUAGAAACUCUCCAAGCCAUAAGGAGAAAGCAGAACCUAAAAAGCGCAUCGUCAAGAGUGGGCUUAAGCAGAAGAAUGAACAGAAACAAAACUGCAAGGACAACCAUCGGUUAGUAAACAAGGUUCCAGUGGAGCGUGGAUCGAUAUCAAAGCAGUCCGGUUUGAGAAGUGAACCGGCAGGAAAGAAUGCUUCUCUAUCUUUGUCGCGCAAAAAGACUCUUCCCCGGAGCAAGAAACCACCAAAUGGGAUGCAAGAGUGUGGAAUCAAAAGGGGUGAAAGUGUGAUAAAAUGUAAUAUUGCCAGUGAUGGUGGCUUGCACUCAGGGAAAGAUGAUCGGAGAAAAGAAGUAAAUGUGAUUACAUCCCCGGUUAAAGGGUUAUCAUCUGAUUCACUAUCCUCCACUCAAGUAACUGAUCAAGACACAGACUCUGCAGCUAGUUUCGAUAUGUUUGUAGGUGGCAAUCCUUUAAAGCUCAGAGAGCUGACUUCUAAGCUUGAGUCUUCUUCUAGCUGUUGCCUGACACAAGAAGAGUCUUCACGUUGCAGUGAAAAGGAUGGGGUGAAUGGUAUGUUUUCAUCUUCAUCAGAGAGUGAGUCUAUUUCUGACAAACAAAAACUUCAGGGAAAAAAAAAGAUGAUGCAUGCAGAAGAGCAUGAAGUUAGCACUGUAACAGAACCAGAUGAUCUCAGAAGCUCUUGUAGCAAGGGCUUCUCAGAUUGCAGACAAACCACAAAAAGGCUAGACUGGGAGGUUGAGUACAUAUGUGAGAUCAUCGGUUCUGACCAACUUAUGGUGAAAGAAUUCGCUUUGGGAAUGGAUACUGACAUAUUACCUGCGAGCCUCUUUAAAGAACUGGAAGGCUGUGGAGAACCAGAAGCAGCAGCAGCAGCAGCAGCCAAGCUGAAGAGAAAGACACUGUUUGAUUUUGUCAAUAAGAGUUUAGCGGUCAAAUGCGAGCAGAUGUUUAGGGGUAGCUGCAGAGGGAUAUUGUGGAGAGAGGGGAUUUUGUUUGAGCAUAGAGAUUGGUUAGCAGAAGAACUGAACAGAGAGAUUCACGGGUUGAAGAAGAUGAGGGAGAUGAUGAUGGACGAGCUUGUUGAGAAAGAGAUGAGCAGUUUAAAAGGGAGUUGGCUUGAUUUCGAGAGAGAGACUUAUGAAAAAGGUGUUGACAUUGAGGGAGAGAUGGUCUCUAAGUUGGUUGAUGAUUUAGUUAAUGAGCUUGUCUCGGUGUUCAAAGAAGAACAUUGAAAGCCAAGGAAAAGGGUUGGUUUCUUCUUUGUUUUGAGUCUGAUCUUUCUCUAUGCAUUGUUGAAAGCUUAUGGUCUGUGUUUCAUUCAUGUGAUAGUUUCUCUGACAUGAGAAUUGAGAUAAAGUGGAAAGUAGCCAAUGUUGAGUAGCAUUCUCCCCCAAUGUAAUU